GGCAGAAUUAUAGUAUAUUUGGGAUUUUGUUUCCCUUUGACCUUUUUUGUUUUGUUUUUGUUUCUCUGGUAUUUGGUAACUGCCACAAUUAACAGAGUAUGAGAGAUAUUUUCCGUCCUGUCAGUUUAUCCGACUAAGCGCUCGCAUUCAAAAUUGGUUUUUCCGUUUUCUUUUUUAAAUUGAUGGGGGUGUUUUUUUUGUUACUCGUUGCAGAACAAAAAAAAAAAAGAUGACGGAGGCCUCCUGCUCCCU